AUGUCUUCAGCUGCAGUCUGGAGGCUACAGCUACAGUUUGGAAGUUACAGUUUAGAGACUACAGAUAGAGAUACAUGUCUUCAGCUAGAUUCAUGUCUUGAGCUACAGUCUGGAAGCUUGAGCUACAGGUUGGGAGCUACAGCUAGAGAUAUACAUCUUCAGCUAGAUUUCUGUCUUGAGCUAGAUUUUCAGCUAGCUAGAGAUACUAUCUUCAGAUACAUUUAUAUCUUCAGAUACAUUCAUGUCUUCAUCCAGACUUAUGUCUUCAGAUACAUCUAUGUCUUGAGCUUCAUUUAUGUCUUGAGCUACAUUUAUGUGUUAAACUAG